AUAAAUAAAAAAAUCAAAACCAUCCACAUUUUAGAACGGAGGAAGAAGCAGUACUAGAAGUAGCAGUAGUACAUGCAUGUACCUACGAGGACCGGCUGUGUCGGCGAGAGACCCGGCCGGCCGGUACGGUGGUUGCAUUGCGUCCAUGACCACGGGGAAGACGGACGCCGCGGCAGGGCCCGGCUGCGUCGGCGAGAGACCCGGCCGGCCCGUGGUUGCAUUGCAUCCCAUGGCCCUCCAGGCCUCCACUACUCAUCACCAUCCAUCCGUCCUCUUUGCCUCUCUGUCACCAUCGUCGUCCAAGCAGCAAGACGAAGAAGAAAAAAGCAUGGCCGCGAGCACGGCGCGGUGGCAGCUGCUCGCCGGCGAGGUGAAGCGGCAGGCCUCGGGGUUCCUGCAGGACAAGUACAAGCAGGCGAGGCUGGCGCUGGGCGACGUCACGCCGGCAGAGCUGCUGGUUCAGGAGGCCACCAACAACGACCCCUGCGUCCCCGACGCCAAGACGCUUGCCUGCAUCGCCGACGCCGCCUUCGACAUGGACGACUGCUGGCGUAUCGCCAAGGUCCUCCACCACCGCCUUGGCCGCGCCGCCGACUGGAAGCAGUGGCGCCCCGUGUACAAGGCGCUCGUCGUCCUCGAGUUCCUGCUCACGCACGGCCCCGAGGACCUGCCCCUCGAGUUCCGGCCGGACAUGCCCGCCAUGCACGACCUCCGGAGCUUCCACUACGUCGACGACAAGGGCUUCAACUGGGGCGCCUGCAUGCAGCGCCGCACCGACAGCAUCCUCUCGCUGCUCACGGACGCCGACCGCCUCCGGGAGGCGCGCCGCCAGGCCAUCAGAGUCUCCCACGAGGUGCACACCGGUUUUGGCUUCGGCUUCGGCAGCCCGACGUCGUCCUCCUCCCCGUCCUCCGCCUCCUCCUCGGCCUCCUCCCGGACCUCGCGCACCAGCUGGUCCUUCGGCGGCGGCUCCUCCCACUACUCCGACAGCCCCACCAUGUGCCUCACCUGCGCCUCCGACACCGACUACCGCCAGGACAAGAAGUGCGACGCCUACACGGCCGACGACGACUGCUGGGCGCCGUCGUCCAAUAACAAGCACACCACCACCAAGUGGUGGCCGCCCACCGUCGACGAGGACGACACCGAGGACCACCAGCACCUCGUCGACGACGCUUGGGACGUCGCCCACAUGGGAGUGGACGAGAGCACCGGCGGCCAGGGCUCUUGGUCCGCCAGGUUGCUCGGCUCCUUAGGCAGCAGCAGGGCGUCCGGCUUCCAGAGCCUGUCGCAACCCGAGCAACGGAGGACAACCAAGAAGCUGCAGCUCCAGAGCCAGGACUAUUGAUUGACUAAUUCACUUCUUGAUCAAGAA